AUGAGUUCAGAGUAUCAAUCUAUACCGCAAGAAGAGGGCUCAAGUAGUUCUAAUGCAAUUAGUAAUGAAGUGAACCGUUCUUCCAUGAAUGAUAGACAUUCAAGCACGGAGUCUAUUAUAUCAACCGAUGCUGAGAGACAACCGUUAGUGGAUAGAGAAUCAGGCAAUCAUCGAUACUUGAGUCCGGAUGACCCUUUGGUAUCUCCAAUAAACUUGUAUAAGAUCAGGGUCCUUAGGGUUAGUCUACUUACGAUCUUUGCCAUCAACUGUGUACUUUUCUUUGCAUUUUUGUUAUCGGAUUUCAUUGCUAUACCAGGAUUGAAUAAUCGGGGCAAAUCAUUCUUAGAAUUGGAUUUGGUGAUUCUAAAUAUUUUGACGAAUCUUGUCACAUUAUGGUGCUUUGUGGUCCCGGCAUAUUAUGAACGGGUUUUGGGAUACAUUAGUGCAUCGUUGUUAUUAAUCGACUUUAUUAUUAUGUUCUCCAUCCCGCGCAUGAGAGACCAAUUUGGGGUAAUUGGAACGUUCGUGUUAUUGUGGACAUUAGCCAAUGUUGUACUUAACUGCUUUGCUGAUUUCUGGGUGGAGAAAGGUAAAUUGUACCUAGAACGUAAGUAUACAGGGAGAGAAGAAACCAGGAAAUCCAUAUCAGAACUCUUUGUGAUUGCUGUUAAGGUCUUGUUUAAGUUAUUUUUAUUGUGGUUAAUCUGGUGUAUUAGUUUGAGCCUUUGGCUCCAAGCAUUUGAUUCGCAUGAAAAACCUUGGGGAAAAAUGAUACCAGUAGAUAAUGAUCAAUUCAAAGUUCAUUUGGCCUGUUAUGGAGAUGUUCAUGCACCUCCUGGCGAUAUCAAUGCAACAGAUAAUAAAGAGAAACAACCCAUAGUUUUGAUUGAAGGAGGCCAAUUAGAUUCGAGUGAAGUCGUCCAGGAAUGGGUCGAAGAGCUCUACCAUCUCGGAAAAAUUGACAGAUACUGUAUUUGGGAUAGACCAGGAUACGGCUUCUCAGAUAGUGCCCCAUCUCCCUUGUCUAUUGGAAUCGUCAGUGAAUAUUUGAUUGAGGCUUUAAGAAAAGAACGCCUUGAGGGUCCGUUCAGUCUUGUCGGGUUUGAUAUCGGUGGCUUGUAUGCCCGAAUGUUCGCUUCAAGAAGCUCAGGAAACAUCCAUUCCUUGUUACUCGUUGAUAGUUGGCACGAAGAUCUCUUGAAAAUUCGCCCUUUCAGCGGAUCAAAUAUGAAAAACGAAAACAAGCGUGUCUUCAAAAACAUCUUGGAGCUCAUGGACACCAAAACCGGCCUCAAAUUAUGGCUCAAGGGCUUGGUUUCCCCCUUGGGCAUUGUCAGCAACAUCAAUUGGUUUUUCCAUCCAAAGAGACAUUCUUCAAACAGCCGUAUUUUUGGCUCCGACAUGUACUACCUGUCUAAAUACAUUAGAGCUCGUUUACAAGAGCAAGUUACGGCAUCCAUCUUGUCCUACAACGAAAUGGCUGGCACAGAUUUACAUGAUAUCCCUGUGAGUGUCAUUUCGUCCGACUUUAUGAUCAAAAAUUCCUUAAACUGGGGUAAGUGGCAGAGAAGCUUGACCAAAUUAAGUGAUCAGACCAUCGAAUGGGUAGUUGCUGAAAACAGCAAUCACUUAAUCUGGAGAAGUCCCAAAGGAAAAGCUCAAUUGCAACAACUCUUACUCCGCUUGGUGAGUGAAAAAUCGAACUAUUAG